GGGGGCAAGAUGGCGGCGGCAAUAGGGGUCCGCGGCCGGUGCGAGCUGCCGCCUUGCUCCGGCCCAGGCUGGCUUCUCAGCCUUUCCGCCCUGCUGAGCGUGGCGGCUCGAGGGGCCUUCGCCACCACCCACUGGGUCGUCACAGAGGACGGGAAGAUUCAGCAGCAGGUGGAUUCACCAAUGAACUUGAAGCAUCCCCAUGACUUAGUCAUAUUAAUGAGACAAGAAACAACUGUUAACUACCUCAAAGAAUUGGAGAAACAAUUAGUUGCUCAAAAAAUUCACAUAGAAGAGAAUGAGGACAGAGACACAGGACUGGAACAGAGACAUAAUAAAGAAGACCCAGACUGCAUCAAAGCCAAAGUGCCCUUAGGGGACCUUGAUCUGUAUGAUGGCACAUACAUAACUCUGGAGAGCAAAGACAUCAGCCCUGAAGAUUAUAUAGACACAGAAUCUCCUGUCCCUCCAGACCCUGAGCAACCUGAUUGUACUAAAAUUCUAGAACUUCCAUAUAGUAUACAUGCUUUUCAGCACUUGCGAGGUGUACAAGAAAGAAUAAAUCUUUCUGCACCUCUAUUACCUAAAGAAGAUCCGGUCUUUACAUAUUUAUCUAAACGAUUAGGACGGAGUAUAGAUGACAUUGGCCACCUCAUUCAUGAAGGCUUGCAGAAGAAUUCUUCCUCAUGGGUACUGUAUAACAUGGCUUCAUUUUACUGGAGAAUAAAAAAUGAACCAUAUCAGGUAGUGGAAUGUGCCAUGCGAGCACUUCACUUCUCUUCCAGACAAAAUAAAGAUAUCGCCUUGGUCAAUUUGGCAAAUGUUCUGCACAGAGCACACUUCUCUGCUGAUGCUGCUGUCGUGGUUCACGCGGCUCUGGAUGACAGUGACUUCUUCACCAGCUACUACACGUUGGGGAAUAUAUAUGCAAUGCUUGGAGAGUAUAACCACUCAGUGCUGUGUUACGACCAUGCUUUGCAGGCCAAACCUGGUUUUGAGCAAGCUAUAAAGAGGAAGCAUGCUGUCCUAUGUCAGCAAAAACUUGAACAGAAAUUGGAGGCUCAACAUAGAUCCCUCCAGCGAACACUUAACGAGUUAAAAGAGUAUCAGAAGCAGCAUGACCACUACCUGAGACAGCAGGAGAUCCUAGAAAAACACAAGCUGAUUCAGGAGGAGCAAAUCUUAAGAAAUAUCAUCCACGAGACUCAGAUGGCAAAAGAGGCACAGUUAGGAAAUCAUCAGAUAUGUCGUCUAGUCAACCAGCAACACAGUUUACAUUGCCAGUGGGACCAACCUGUACGCUACCAUCGAGGAGAUAUCUUUGAAAAUGUGGACUAUGUUCAGUUUGGUGAAGAUUCAUCAACCUCUAGUAUGAUGUCUGUGAAUUUUGAUGUUCCGGCAAAUCAGAGUGAUAUCAGUGAUUUGGUCAAGUCUUCUCCCGUAGCCCAUUCUGUUCUAUGGAUCUGGGGCCGGGACUCAGAUGCAUAUAGGGACAAGCAGCAUAUCCUAUGGCCUAAAAGAGCAGAUUGUACAGAAAGCUACCCUAGCGUCCCUGCUGGUGGGGAAUUGCCAACGUAUUUUCUGCCUCCAGAAAACAAAGGACUCAGGAUCCACGAACUCAACAGUGAUGAUUAUUCUUCAGAAGAAGAGGCCCAAACCCCUGACUGUUCCAUAACUGACUUCAGAAAAAGCCACACUCUGUCCUACUUAGUCAAAGAAUUAGAGGUCCGCAUGGAUCUGAAAGCCAAAAUACCAGAUGACCAUGCACGAAAAAUAUUGCUUUCCCGUAUUAAUAACUAUACUAUCCCAGAAGAAGAAAUUGGGUCUUUCUUAUUUCAUGCUAUUAAUAAGCCAAAUGCGCCCGUCUGGCUCAUACUCAAUGAAGCUGGACUCUACUGGAGAGCAGUAGGAAAUAGCACGUUUGCUAUCGCCUGUCUCCAAAGGGCUUUGAAUUUAGCUCCACUUCAGUAUCAGGACAUUCCUCUUGUCAACUUGGCCAACCUUUUGAUUCACUAUGGCCUUCAUCUUGAUGCUACUAAGCUGCUACUUCAAGCUUUGGCCAUCAAUAGCUCUGAGCCCCUGACCUUCUUGAGCCUUGGAAAUGCUUACCUCGCGCUGAAGAAUAUCAGUGGGGCACUUGAAGCCUUUAGACAGGCCUUGAAAUUAACUACCAAAUGUCCAGAGUGUGAAAACAGCCUGAAGUUGAUCCGCUGUAUGCAGUUUUAUCCUUUUCUGUACAACAUCUCCUCUUCUGUUUGCAGUGGUCAUUGUCAGGAGAAUACCCUGGACAACAGCCAUGACAAACAGAAAUACUUUGACAACUCACAGUCACUGGAUGCUGCUGAAGAAGAGCCCUUUGAGAGAGGAACAGAGGAGGACCCUGUAUUCUCUGUUGAGAAUUCAGGGAGGGACUCAGAUGCCCUUAGACUUGAAAGUACAGUGGUUGAGGAAAGCAAUGGUUCUGAUGAGAUGGAGAAUUCAGAUGAAACAAAGAUGUCAGAAGAGAUUCUGGCUUUGGUGGAUGAAUUUCAACAGGCAUGGCCUCUGGAAGGCUUUGGGGGAGCACUUGAGAUGAAGGGGCGACGGCUAGACUUGCAGGGGAUACGCGUGCUGAAGAAAGGUCCCCAGGAUGGCGUGGCCAGAAGUUCUUGCUAUGGAGACUGCAGAAGUGAAGAUGAUGAAGCAACAGAGUGGAUCACAUUCCAGGUCAAACGUGUAAAGAAACCCAAAGGAGAUCAUAAGAAAACUCCUGGGAAAAAGGUAGAAUCAAAUCAAGCAGAAAAUGGGCAUCGUUACCAAGCAAACUUGGAGAUCACUGGUCCCAAGGUGGCGUCUCCUGGGCCACAAGGGAAAAAACGUGACUACCAGAGUCUGGGGUGGCCCAGCCCGGAUGAGUGCCUCAAGCUCCGCUGGGUGGAGUUGACCGCCAUCGUGAGUACCUGGCUUGCAGUUUCUUCAAAAAACAUCGACAUCACAGAACACAUAGACUUCGCCACCCCCAUACAGCAGCCAGCGACCGAGCCCCUGUGCAAUGGCAAUCUCCCCACGAGCAUGCAUACCCUGGACCACCUGCACGGGGUAUCCAACCGGGCCAGCCUGCACUACACUGGUGAGAGUCAGCUGACAGAGGUAUUGCAGAAUCUUGGCAAAGACCAAUAUCCCCAACAAUCACUUGAACAAAUUGGCACCCGAAUUGCCAAAGUUUUGGAAAAGAAUCAGACAUCCUGGGUCCUUUCCAGCAUGGCAGCCCUCUACUGGAGAGUGAAAGGCCAAGGGAAGAAGGCCAUCGACUGCCUACGCCAGGCCCUCCACUAUGCUCCCCACCAGAUGAAGGACGUGCCCCUGAUCAGCCUGGCCAACAUCUUGCACAAUGCCAAGCUCUGGAACGACGCCGUCAUAGUUGCCACCAUGGCCGUAGAGAUCGCGCCGCACUUUGCCGUGAACCAUUUCACGCUGGGCAACGUCUACGUGGCGAUGGAAGAGUUUGAGAAGGCACUGGUGUGGUACGAGUCCACCCUGAAGUUGCAGCCCGAGUUCGUCCCAGCCAAGAACCGGAUCCAGACCAUCCAGUGUCACCUCAUGCUGAAGAAGGGCCGGCGUUCCCCCUAGCGCGCGCCUCCUCUCCUCCCUAACCUGGGCUCUCAGAAAGUCAGAAAAGAACCCAACCAAUCACUGUCGGUAUCUACUUAAUGACGUGUGUGGAAAUUACUAAGUAAGACUGCAAGCAGGACUUUCACAUAUGCGGGAAUGGGUUUGGUGUUGGUUUUCAGUUCUUCCCCCAGCCGCCCUCGGAAGAGGCAUCUUCAGAAACACAGAUUCUUAGGAGGAAAAUGCAGCUUAAAGAUAUUGUGUAAAUACUGAGCCAAGACAUUUCUGGAGCUACGCUCUGUCUCCAAAACCUCAAGGCCGUUAGGGCUUUCCUCAGUGGUCCAGCCAGCCUCCUCUGGAGGAGGCCAAACCCCACUGCACAUCCUCUGCUUCCUGUCCUAGCCUCUGUCGUCAGUGGAGACGCGAGCCCAGCCAGCGCCGGCCAGUGAGAAGCAACGCCCCUGCUUCCUCCACCAGCCCCCCGCGGUCCCCAGUCUUGUCCAUUCCAUGCUGCUAGGUUACAAAUUCUCAGAGGUAGUUUGCAGGGGAGGAAGGGGAAAAUGAUUUUUAAGACAAAAUAUUUACAACAACAGAAACUCUUAGGAUCUCCUGACCUUUGUAAUGUUUAUUUAUGUUGGGGCGGGAGGGGGGCUGAAGAGGGGAAUCUGCAGUGUGCACCAUCUUUAUCAUUUGUACUUUAAUUACAAAUCGCAAGGAAACCAAUACGUUGAAAUCCUAUAUAACAGGUUUAUAUAUAUAGAAUAUGUAUAUUUGAAGCCCUCGACAGACUGAGUCUAUGUUUUACUAAUUCUUUGUUCACUGUGUCACCCAUCUUGGAAUAAGGCAGGCCUGGUGGCUCCCUCUACCCUAGGCCUCCCACCGAGCUCCCCAGGACAGGGCAAGAGCCAGGGCCCAGUGUCUCCACACAACACCUUUGGCUUUGGUCCCAGGAGAAUCAGAAACUCCCAACAGUUUGGAAUCUUCAAGGGCACAUAUUGAGAACAAAAAUAAAAGUUGUUUAUGAGCAAAAUAGACCUGUAAUG